AUGCAGGAUAUCAAGGCUGACUUCAUUUGCCCUUUCAAUGCUUAUCACAAGCUGCAAGACGCAAGGAAACUCCAAUUUCAUAUUGGGAGAUGUGGAGACCGUAAGGGCAAGACUGUGUACAGAUGCUAGUACAACAACUCUCACAUCUUCAUUGAACCUCAAAAGCUUGUUCAGCAUGAAAGACAAUGUGAGUUUAAACCAACUAAGGUAGAGAACAAAGAUGAAGAAGCAAUGGAUAUCAACACGGCUGACGACUACUAGAAGUUGCUUAAUGAAGCCUCCACAAGAGUCCCGGUGGUUGCUUACUGCAAGUACAAUGUGGAACAUUUCUUCAAGACCGUCAAGGAAAGAGAAACUCACGAGAGUGUCUGUGAAAAUAGAGGCCAGUACGAAAGAAACAGUGAGAAGACUCAAAAGAUCUACAAUAAGAACAGGAAUUGGAUUGAGUAGACAAGAGUCAACAAAAAGGCCAAGAAUCAACAGCAACUUGAGUUGGGACUAGUCACUAAUGUCCCUGAAGCAUCUAUCAUGCCUCAACUCACAUACAAGUAUGUAAUGAAUGAACCAUUUAUUGCUGGUUCAGCAGCCACAAUUUGCAAUUCACAUGAUUAAUUCAAGUUCAAGAGGACCCGAGACUUUGAAAAUCCAAACAAUGAGCCUGCUGAAAUAAAGAAUAAAACUGAGGGCGAGAUAUAGAUGGAGCAGGAGAACUUGUGGAAUGAGAUAAAGGAAAACACUAAUGAAGACAUUACUAAGAUGAUAGUCAAGCAAGAUUGUCUGGAGAUCUUUGCUCUAGAUAUUGUAUUCAAGCAAAGAUUCGACAUAAAUUUGUUUGAGUUUAACAUUGACGAGUAUGUAUCAUUCCAAAAUUUCAAGGACUUGACUGGAAUUGAUCUGAGAGACAUCGAAAAAUGCUCACAGUUCAUGAAAGAGAAUGUGCUUUUUAAAUUGAAUGUAGUAAGUCAUGAAGACUAGAAGGGGUCCAGAUAGCUAGGACUGGCGAUGCUUGACCAACUUAGACAUUAAUUUGAAAGCUAGAUAGAUCACGAUCAUGUGACUACUAUCUGCAUGAACUAUACCCAAGGAGUGUCUUUGUUUGGAAAUGAAUCAGAAUCUAAUCAGGGCAGAAGUAUACUAUUCCUGGUCAGUAGGUUUACCAGAUAAAUCUCACAUUACUUGGACGAGUGCGAUUUCACUAUCAUUCAUUACUAGAGUCCAAUAAAGGAUGAGCCUAAUUCUACGAUAUUAUUACCAGGAGGAAUGAACGCAAAUAUGAAAAUACUUUGCCCUGAGGAUGAUGCAUCUGGACUGCUUAGAGCUUGGCAAGAGGCCAAAAUGAUAAAUGACAAAUUAAAGUUGGAAAAUGAUGACUUUCAGAAGUAGAUUGAGAGUCUUGAGAAGAUAAAUAGAGAUAAGGAUCGUAUCACUAGAUAGGAUAAAUCUUAGAUCAAUUACCUUGAGCAGGAGAACAGAAGGCAAAAGGCAAAAAUCAAUGAACUUUAGGAGUAGUUGGGGGAAUGUGAAAGUAAGAAGAUGAACCUCGAGAAGGAAAUCAAGGAGCUAAAUGAUCAACUGACUAUUAUGCAGAAGAAGUUUGAACUUGAAAGGCAAAAAGCUGAACAAUAUCAGCAAAAACAGAAUGAAAAAGAAUUAGAGCUGCACAAAUCAAGAGAUGUGCUCAAUGGUGCAAAUAAGUAGCUGAAAGUGAGAGACAACCAAAUUAAGGUUUUGGAAGAGAAGCUAAAGCAGACUUAGGAACUACUUAAUUAGGCAGCAAAUAUUCAGGCACCUGGCAAUGGAAGUAGCAGACUUGAUGACCCUCUAAGCUUGAUAAAAAGUGAGUUCAGUUAGAUGAGUAAUCAGCAGGUGCUUACUUAGCUCAUCCAGUUAAUGGGCCUCGAUAACAUCAGAAAAGAGUUAGAGGAAUCAAUCUCAUUGCAAGUAAAGCCUAAAUAUAAUUAAGCUGAUGAAUAAGAUGAAGAGAUGGAAGAAGUUGAUUAAGAAGGAGAAAUAAUAGAUGAUGAAGUUGACAUGAAUGUGAUUAGAUAAAAUGAGCUGCAAAAGAAAGCAAGAGACCUAAUGAAUCAAAGCAAGUAAUAAGCUUAAUAGCAGUAGCAGUCUAAACUUCCCUAGUUUGAGAAGUAAUCUGUAAAUAUCAUUGGAGGGGACAAGCCUUCAUCAGCCCACUCCAGCAAGAACGGGAAAUAGCAUAAUCAUCAGCAUUAGCAAAUGAACCAAGGUGACCUGGACAUCCUUCUGUGUCUAUCAUGCCAGGAUAAAAGAAGAGACACCAUUAUUUAGACUUGCAAGCAUUUGGUGUUCUGCAAGGAUUGCGAACUCCAAUACAGCCUAAAAAAUCUACAGAAAAAAGAGUGCCCUAUUUGUAGAAAAGAAUAUAAGAAAACCAUUCAAAUUCUCUAUGCCUGA